AGCAGCGGCUGCUGGGACGGCAUCGAUUUAAACCCGCGGUUUCCAGCCACGCCUUUCUCUGUGCCUCCUGCUAGUAACACCUUCGGGUUCUUGCCAAAGCACAGAAUGAAUUUUAAAAGGCGCUUGCUGAUUGUUUACUGUUUGCGUUUCUCAGUUUUGGCAGGGAGUGAGCCGGUUUCGCUUUCAGUUCUGGGCGCUGCAGCCCUUCAAACGGGAGAGGAUGGUUACACUAAAAGCAUACAUAAGCGAAAUCGUUCUUUGCCUCCCCUUUAUGCCCAAAAAUAUUUCAGUUCAUUUGUCUGUUUUGGUCACGUUCAGCAGCAGAGCUGGAAUCACAAAGAUUAUUUCUUACAAGUUCUGUGAAAAUCAGUGGCUGUGGCAGGGAGAGGGGCUUAAAUUAGUAUCUCCAGUAAGGAACAGGCAGUUAUGUUCACCACUUCAGCUAUUCAAGAGACAUCAGGCAAACGAUCCAUCCAUGACAGCCGUUGGUGAUCACUGCUAGCAAUGUCGUGUGCUAGCAGUGUUGUGCAUCUUUUGGUUUGCUGUGGUUGUGAAGCAUGAGGCAAAGAUGCUCCUCCACUCUGCAGUCACAGUCCCCUGGAAAGGGAUGUGUGAAUGGUAAGCCAGGGGCAACGUGAUGGUCUGUGAAUUGUAAGCCAUCGCAUCUGUUAUGAUUACAACUUCAGAAAUCUGUCAUUAGGGGAGUAUGUGCUGAAAAUCCACAAGUCCCAUCUGUUUCGCUUUCAAGUUACUGUGUAAAAUUAUCUGUUUGGAUACUAACAAAUACUACAUUUUCAGACUAGGAAAGCAUGCGAGGCUCUAUCAUUGUUUGAAAUUUUGGCCAGGGAUCUGAAUAAAAGCCUGAGAGCCAAGGCUUCUGAGUUGCCAUCCAGUCAUUGACCAGCUGGAGUAACCAAAGCUUUUUAACCUGGAUGCAGAACAUUGCCUAAACGUAGCAUUUAUGCUAUGCAGGUGCACAGCCUGAAAACCAGCCAAGAAGAAACUGGUACUCCAAAGUCCUGGUCUUACGGGCAGGCUUUGUGUUCCUUGGCAAGUAGUACAAAAUGUGGGAUUAGGUCUCUUAAAUUGUGGUUCUCUGCAGUGUUGUGUAGAGAGAAACGGGUACUGCUAGAGGGCAAUUCUUCCUGCCUGUCUGAGGUGCUACCCAGUGUCUAAGACAGUGUUAGAGACAUACUGUUUAUUUUUCAUACACAAUGUGUAAAGUUGUGAAAAGGUAUAUUAACAUGAUAUUUCCUAAUUUUUGUUUGUUUGUUCCUGUGUCAGUGUUAGUGGGACUAAUAGGCUUAGAAGACUGAAAACAAAGGAUCUUCACAACAUCUUGCAUCUAGAUUGUGGCUCUGCACUGAUGUCAGUUCGGAGUUCAAGCAAUAUAAUCCCGUUACUUUUAAAAUCAUAAUUUGGUUUUAUGAAAUAAAGCAAGAUGGAGGAGAGAUUUAAGGCUGCUACAAAAAAAAAAAGUGUAAAUGUGGUUCAAAUGCAGGCUACAGAAGGUGAAAGUCGCCAACCAUGAAUAUUGCUGUCCUCUUAGAGUUGGAGAAAAAGAGAAUGCCAGAACCAAACCCUCAUUGCAGGGGAAUUCUGUUUCAUUCCAAAUGUAUGGUUAAUUUACAUAGACUAGAUCACAUUUGUUCUAAACUGAAGGGUAGGGAAUACUAGCAGCAACUAGAUUAAAUGAGGGAAUAAGAACUUUUUUUGCUUUGUUAUCUAACGUUCGGUUCUUCAUGCAGCGUUGGGACAAAAGCUCAGAUAGGUAAUCUGAUGUAGCCACUACUUCUGGAGACUGAUUCAUGCUUAAGGCUACUGUGGUAAAUACAUAUGGUCUUAUCUGAUGUGAAGAUAAUAUUCUUCCUCUGAAGACUGUUUAAGGGAAUACAUAUGGCUAUAUCUCUAGCAUAGGACCUCAUGGAAAGUCAGAAAACUGGUUUGUUUUAACUGGUGGCAGUACAACUUGUGAGGUGGUGACUCACAUGUCUGACAAUUUGGCUAGAACAGAUUCCCUCCUACCUCACUGUAAUGCUUCAUUUUUCUGAUAGCAAACUAUUUUCUCCAAGCAAUGAGACUUUAUCCUCUGCUUUUAGUAAUAGUUUCUCCCAUUAGGGCUGCCUGUAAGCCUGCUGUAAAGUACCUGUUGCUUUAGCGUAAGAGCAGAUUUGGGGAACACACCCAGUUAUGUCCAGAUACAGGCUGGCCCUUCCUGGUGAGAGACCAAGUGUUUGUGUAUAGCUUGCAAAGACUAUCUCUUGGAGGAGAAUGAAGUCUGCAAACAAGCAAUCUUGGAAGGGUACAGAAAUCAAACGGAUUAUGUUCUGUGCUUUCAGACCAAAGGCUAAGUCUUGAAAACAUGAUUCCUGCAACUGUUCACAUUGUCCUGAGUGCUCUAUAUUUAUGCUGCCACAGAAAGAACUGGUUACACUCGGAGGAGAAACACUAGAAACACUAAGGACUGAAAUGCGCUUGCAGCUAAAGUAUCCUCAUCAUGAAUAGGUACACAACUAUCAGACAGCUUGGUGAUGGGACCUACGGCUCUGUCCUCCUAGGGAGAAGCAUUGAAUCUGGAGAGCUAAUAGCCAUUAAAAAAAUGAAGAGAAAGUUUUAUUCCUGGGAGGAAUGCAUGAACCUUCGAGAGGUUAAGUCUUUGAAGAAAUUAAACCAUGCCAAUGUAGUAAAGCUGAAAGAAGUCAUCAGGGAAAAUGAUCAUCUGUAUUUUGUGUUUGAAUACAUGAAGGAAAAUCUUUAUCAGUUAAUGAAAGAACGAAACAAACUGUUUCCUGAGUCUACAGUUAGGAAUAUUAUGUAUCAGAUCCUGCAAGGGCUUGCAUUUAUCCAUAAGCAUGGGUUCUUUCACAGAGACUUGAAACCUGAAAACCUCCUUUGCAUGGGACCAGAACUUGUGAAAAUAGCAGACUUUGGCUUAGCCCGAGAAAUCCGAUCUAGACCUCCUUACACCGACUAUGUAUCCACAAGAUGGUACAGGGCUCCUGAAGUCCUUCUGAGAUCCACCAGCUAUAGUUCUCCAAUAGAUAUUUGGGCUGUUGGUUGUAUAAUGGCAGAAGUUUACACACUGAGGCCUCUCUUCCCAGGCGCCAGUGAAAUUGAUACUAUAUUCAAAAUUUGCCAAGUCUUGGGGACGCCAAAGAAGAACGACUGGCCUGAAGGCUACCAACUUUCAGCCUCCAUGAAUUUUCGCUGGCCUCAGUGUGUACCUAACAACCUAAAAACUCUCAUACCUAAUGCUAGCAGUGAAGCAGUGCAGCUCAUGAGAGACAUGCUGCAGUGGGACCCCAAAAAGCGGCCAACAGCUAGUCAGGCACUUCGGUAUCCGUACUUCCAGGUUGGGCAUGCCCUGGGCGUUCAGGAACUGGGGAAGCAAAAGGAACUACAUAAUAAAUCGUCUCUACAUAUUAAGCCUGUCCCUCCAGCACAACCCCCUCCAAAACCUCAUGCCCGCAUUUCGUCAAGGCCUUUUCAACAGAGCCAGUCUUCUCAGCACUUGAUGUACCCAUAUAAACCAGACAACUCUAGUGCUGAGCACAGUAACUACUUACAGGAGGACAAGUCUAACCAGGUUCUUCUGCCUGCAAUUCACAAUAAGGUUCCUCAGCAGAAAACAUCAGCUGGGACUGAGAAUAUAAAUGGUGAACUUAAACCAAAAACUAGGCGAAGAUGGGGACAUCUUGCUAGAACAGUUAAGAGUUCUGAAGACUGGGAUGACUUGGAAGACCUUGAUUUUAGCUCUUCUAUCACAAGGAUUGACUUGAAAAACAAGAAGAGGCAGAGUGAUGAAACUCUUUGUAGGUUUGAAAGCAUUUUGGACCUGAAGCCUUCAGAUGCUGGAGGCUCUGGCAGCAGUGCACCUUCCCAUGCGACCUUUCCACGGGAGGACACUCCCACAUUGCGAGUUUCUGCAGCAAAGCAACACUACUUGAGACAUUCUAGGUAUCUACCUGGAAUAAGCACAAGGAGUAGCAUAGUCUCCACUUCAAACAACGAGUCUGUUCCGUCUAAUCCAUGGCCCAGUUCUGGUUUGCCUGGGAAAGCUUCUGGUUUGGGAGGAAGCAUUAACAGGAUGAAUUCAGGGCCCAUAGGAUCAAGCGGUCUAACUGGUGGUUAUAUCCCUUCAUUUCUGAAGAAGGAAGUAGGCUCUGCUGGGCAGAGGGUUCAGUUAGCACCAGCUGUGGAUCCGUCUUCUAAUUAUGCUUCUCUGAAGUCAGUAAGACCCCAUCUUGGACGGCCAUCGUUCAAUUCGCCUACAAAAAGCACGCCAAGGUUGAUGCCUCUCCCACCACCAGCUCAGCCGAUCCACGGGCGUGUUGACUGGUCUGCAAAGUAUGGUGCUCACCGGUGACGUGUGGAAAUGCUCUCUGAACCAGCGCGUGUUUCCCAUGAAAUGGUGGCUAACUUGAGACAAUUUGAUACUGUUUUAUACGCCUGUAAAUUUAAAAGAAACAGAUCUUCUAUGAGCAAGACAUUUUGAAGGUUUUUUUACUUUUAUUUGUAUUAAUUUUAAUGCAAUCUUGUACCUUUUUGUAUAAAAUUGUUCUGUUAUAUAAUUGGGUCCAGUUAUUUUCAUAGAUCUGAUACAUUUUGUAUAUAUGGCUUAGGGGGUUUGGCAUUUUUAUAUGAUAAAUUUUUAUAAUGAACUUUUUUAAAAUUUAACUUUUCCUUUAUUAGAUUCAACUUUUUUAUAAAAGUGGAUAAAAGAAAAGCAAAGUGGUGCAAUAUUGCAGUAGAAGAGGAGUACUGAGGAAGGGGCAUUCAUUAGACAUUUUCUGAAGUUUAUGUGCUAAAUGAGGCUGUGGCAUUUCAGUGAUGCCACGUCUUGAUGCCACGCUUCUGUUGUCCUGUACUCGUUUGCUUUGUACUGACAUCAAAGGAAUGAGUGACUUAACAGUCUGAACUCUCCUUUGCAGUCGUUGAGAGACUGCUGAAAGUCAGUGGGAGGCUUUUUUUUUUAUUAUUUUUAAUUUAUUUUUGCCUUUAAAAGGUUUUUAUUGGACUGCUCUCCAACUUUCCAGCUCCAUUCUUUUGCUUUUACCAAAUUUGGGGAAUCUUCUUCUUUGGUGAAGGGUGAAUACCCUUCUGUAGAUCUGUUUUCUGAUGCAGCGCUCUUUUGUCCUGCUUCAGAGUUGCUUCUUGGCAUUGUUCACUAUGAAAUAGAAUAUGGACCUACCUCUGUUAAAUUCAUUUAAAUGCUCUAAUGAUUUCUAAGGAGAAAAACCAGAUUCUGUUUCUUCUUUUUUUUUGUUAUUUUUGGGAAUAUAAGAUCUGAAGACAUAUCUAAGACAGUAUUAACAAUUAUAAAGCUGGUUUCAGAGUGUAACAAAGUAUCAGUGAUCUGCAGGCAGCAGAGUUUAAGGAAACAAUAUCUAUGCAGCUGAUUUAAUCUUCACAACUGUUUUAAAUCACUUUUGGGAAAAAAAAAAGCCAGAGGAAAUGAGUCAGUUUAAACUUACUUCAGUUCUUUUUCACUUCAAUACAUCUUUACUUACAAUGUGAAGAAUAUGUCAGCUUCCAUAAAUUAGGCCCCCAGGCUCUACUGGGAAAAAUGGGAUCUUGCCUGGUUCUGCUAAAAAACGUUCUAAAAUUGUGGUUGAUUUCACGGAAAUGGAUACAACUCUUUCUUUGAAGAGCAGUUUAACUCAGUUUAUAAGAGAAAAUUAAUUACCAGGUUAUAGAGAAAAGAAAAUAGCCCCAUUGUCUGGUUUAAUUCUGCACUGGAAAGGAGAGCCAGAGGCCAGCCAUCAGCAAAAGAUUCAUUGAGAACACAGUCAGUCAGCAGUUGGCUGUUCCUGUACCUCCUUCCGCAGAAGGAAGAUAAAAUGGUACAGUGUUGUGGGAGAACAUCUUUCAUAGCUGCGUUUUGGAGCAGCAGCACCAAAGCUGAAGUGUGCUGUGAAAACGCAUCUUCCUGCAGAAGUGUACAGAAAUGCUCGUCUUUGAGCUUGUUUUAUGAUCAGACCAGGCAAAUCAUGUAUUUAUAAGACUUAAAUCCAGUCUAAAGGGAUCAGAACAGGUAUGGUUCUCAGAAUCCCACCAUUCUGAAGGAGCUGAAGGGCCAAUGUGUCCGUGAGAUCCUCUCCGUAGGAUCUGCUGGCACCCAUGAGGGGCAGACACUGUGGCCUGGAGACUGGUAAUGCAUGCUGGCCUUUUCCAUACUUCUCAAGGAGAACGUGUGGGACUUCGAGGAAACUGUACCCUAGAGUAGGCUGCUGGCUCAGUGCUACGGGGGGAACCAUGAGGAGCACUGGUCACGGGUUGCUUUUAUGGACUCAGUCCACAGUGAGACAGUACAUAAGGCAAAAAGGGAGCAAAAGGGUCUAUGCAUUAAAAAAAAGGACGCAUGUAAGAAAGAUCAACGCGUGCCAAGGAUGUGUUAUGUGUCCAGCUACUCCGUUAGUUGUUUGUAGCAAGUCCUGACUCCAAACCAUACCUAACUGCUUCCAAAGCGGUGAUGCCAAUGCGUAGCAGUAAAAUAAAGCAGCCAUUUGAUUUCUAAAGCACACAUUGAUGGUGUCUUUGGGUAAGUGGAAAGGAAAAUUUGUAUAUUUGUGUUAGAACUGGAAAGAUAGUUGUUUCUCUUGGUGGAAAUAAAUAUCUGUAUUUAUGUCUAGAUAUCAUUUAAUUUAUUUUAUCACUGAAUAAUUGGUCUCAAGGGGGAACACCCUGAACUUAUCCUAAGUAUCCCUAGACCUAAGUAGGCAAUUUAACUAGCCUGUUCCAUACGCUUAAUCACUACUAGUGGGAGCAGGAGAUGUGAACAAGUCACGAGAACAGGCUGCUGAGGCUUGGGUUCAUCCUACCUAACCUAAGCCUGAGCUCCUUUGGUGUGAGCUGACUCUUUAAACCAGCAGUGAGUGAGAAUCAUCUCAAGAGAUGUUCGCCUCACACAAGAACUUGGUAGCCCUCUGGAGAUGCCUGGGGUUUCCCCCCGAAGGACGGGGGCUACUCCAUGUGUUUAAAGUUAUACAGGAUGAAUCUGAACCUGGCCUGUAAUCUCAGAGCCUUUAUCAGCCCUGCAGUGGGUUUCUUGACACCAGCAUUCAGAUUUUGGUCAGUAAAGCAAGAAGGUUAGAAGAAGUAGUACUCUUUUUUUUGGCAUAUCUCCCCCCUUCUCAAACUGAAGCCUUUAUUUUGGAAAAAAAAGCUAAUAAUCUUGAUAUUCAGCAUCACUUCUGCUAGUUUUAACUGAGUGGGACAGAAAGUUAGGCAAGUACAGCGGCAGCACUUGUAGCCUUUACUCAAGCAAAUUCCUACUGAAGUUGGAAAAAGUUCUUUUUGGGUAAGGACUGAGUUAUGUAUGUUACUGUGCUGUCUCCGUGUGCAAUACAGUUAUGGAAAAGAUGUAGGUCUUUAUUAGACUGAAAUAGAGUUGAGUGGCAUAUCUGAAAAUUUAUCAUACGUAACCUACUACGUGUUUUAAUAUUGUUUAGUAGCAUCUUUAUCAACAUGUUUUUAGGAUUCUACUGUUUACAUUUUCUCAGGCUUAUGCAUAACGCGUAAUAACGACCGUCGGAAAUAAAGGAGCCUGACAGUGGACUCAUUCACCUCUGUAAUCCAGAUUUUCGUAAAAGUAUUGUGUAAGUGCCAUGAUGUUAGCCAAAAAAAAAAAAA